GCAUGUGUUUGCUUUCCAUAACUCAAAUUCAUUCACUCGAACAACGAGAGGAGAGGAGGGGGUUCCAUCCGUGUUUUGGUAUAUCCAUCUAGUAGAUAUUGUAAUCGGAUUGGGAGAAUGGAGGAGGAGAAAGAUGAGUCUGGGAGGAUGAUGUUCAGAUGCAUUCAUUGUGGUUGUAAGAUUAAAUUGUUGUUUAUUCAAUACUCACCUGGAAAUAUUCGGUUGAUGAAAUGUGGGAAUUGCAAAGUAGUAGCUGACGAGUACAUCGAAUGUGAGAUCAUGAUUCUACUCAUUGAUUUGGUCAUGCACAAAACCAAAGCUUAUAGGCACUUGCUGCUUAAUGCACCUACUCUUCACCCUGUUGAUUUCAGGGGCAUAUUGUGGAAGUCCGCCAUCCUUUAUCUUCUUUUAGAUGGAUACAGGAAUUUUCUUUUGAAGGAAGAUUCGAGUCUGUCUUUCAACUCUAUUUCAUCUUCUUUGAUAUGUGUAAAGAUGCUGAUAGAUGUCCUCCUGGUAAACUUUGUCUUCUUUUGUGUUCUAUUUCUUGUGGCUACAAGGAUUCUUCAAACCGCAUCUGCUGGAGCUACCAGGUACAUAGACAUAUCUCUGGCUAUCUUCGCUUCUAGCUACAUGAGGAUUUUUCUCGUAGCCACGAUGGUUUGGGACUUCCCUUCGUCAGUGCUUUACAUCAUUGAUAUGUUUGUCUUAUCCUCAAAUGUUGUGGCUUUAAAAGUUGUGACCGAAUCGAGAAUGAGCAGAUGUAUAUGGGUAUGUUGUAGUGCUCAUGCUGUGAAGUUCUUGGCCAGCUUUAUGAUGGGUGGAUGACCGGUAUUUCUUCUUCAUCUAUCUAGCAUGGCAAAGAAAAUCCCUUUCACAAGUAUUCUAGGCAUUUGCAUUUAGUGCAUCGUUGCUUCUUCUAAGGGAAGCAUUGCAGCAUCUAAAUGUCAGCAUUUUUUUGGGCUUUCCCUUUAUCUCUAGAAAAGGAAAUAGGUCAGCUGAAUGCAGGAGCAACUACAAUAGACCGAAACAAUGCCUAAUUUCAUUUCUUCAAGUUUAAUUCUAGUGAUAAUAUUGUUUCUUUUAAUUGUUUUCAAUCUUUAGUUAACUCUGUAAGAGAGGUUGAAGAAACAACUUCGUUACGUGCAGUAAAUACUGUCUUCACAUGGUGAAAGAAUAUUGUCUUUUAAUUGUUUUCAACUUUGUCACAUCUCAAUGUCCUGUAAUAUCCUUACAAGUUACAAUCCAAAAUACUGUUAUGGAUAAUCUUUAUUACGUGCUCGCUCCUAUGAACAUGAUUAGAUGAUUUAUCAACUUGUUGUUAUGAUGAUGUUUUAAAAUUGUCGGAGAAGUGGAUACAACCUUUCUUCUGUCUAAAGCAACUGUACAUUCCAACUCAAAAGGUACUCCUGCUCAACUCCAACUUUGUGUUCACUAAUUCUUUCUGACUUGAGUGUCGGAGUCUCUUUUUUUGUUUGUGCAGGUCUCCAGUUCAAUAAACUUAAAUGUUACAACCAUCUUGAUUCUUGAUCUUGGCAUUAUAUCUUCAACCAUUCUUGUCGUGAAGAGUGUCAGUACUGAAUGAUGACAAGAAACUAGUUAAUCUGCCUGUGGGUGGGGACGACAUCAAUCAACUUCAAACAUCAAUGAAUCUCUCGACUCUCAACUCUCAAGCUCUAUCUCUUUCUUUAAUGGUCAGGAUAGGAUGUGCAAGGCUGAAUAUCCCAGCGAAACUUGAAAUGCCACUGAGAUUGAAUUACUAAGAAGAGAUGUUCAAAUAAUCAUCAGUAAAUUCAAGGCCCAUUUAUCUAAUACAAUCUUGGUGAUUUUUGAGGCCAGAUGCUUGAUAAUAUAGUAGAAAUUCGUCUUUAGUCUAUGAGAAUUUUCCUUGUCAGUUGCUUGCCUGUCACUGUAAUGUUCUGAAUGAGAUGUAUUGCUUGGAGAAAUGUAAUGCUGAAACAUGAACCUUUCAAGUUAAAAAUCCUGGCGUUUUUAGGGGCC